UAUGAUGGCAUUGUGCGCGCCGUCGGCUUUUAGCAGCGUACAUGUGCCCGGCGCCUCAGCGUACGGCGGCGAUGGCAGUGAUGCGCGUUCGAGCGCCUCAACGGACGACAAUACAAUACAGCAGUUGGACGACGAGAGCGUGGGUAGUGGGACGGGACUUACAUUGCAGCCACAGCCGGCGCCGCCACCUCUACAACCAGGUACCGCUAUGCUCGAUCCAUAUGUAGUGGCAAGCGCAUUGCGUAUGCCGGUGCCAAUGGUGCCGCGCGCAGCUCCCACACACGCUGCUUCCUUUCAAACGGAAUUCAUGCGAAAGUCGCACAUGUACGCCGAGGAGUUGGUGAAGCAACAAAUGCAAUUUAUGGCUGCAGCGCGCGCCAGCGCUUUUACGUUGCGCGGCAGCAGCACGGUGGAGAGCGUAGCUGCGGCGGAAAGACGCGCUUUUGCGCGCGUACAAGGCGCGUCACAACAAAUGUCCAACUUGGCGGGCAUACAAUCACAACUAACGGCCAUCACAAAAAUGUCACAACUCAGCGCUGCGGCGGCAGCUGCAGCUGUGGCUGUAGCAGCGGUAGCCAAUAAUAAUCAGCCCGCGCAGCAUUCACAACACCCGCAAUUGCAACAAAAUAAAUCGAAUUUUCCCAAUAACGCAGACGCGCUGAGCAAGCUGAGCGCUUUGACCACAGCGCAUACGCACCUCUCGCCCACCUCCGCCUCGGCAGCCGUUUCAAGCUUGAGCCAACUACAGGCGCAAAUGCAAGCGCAUUUUCCGUAUGCCCAUAGCAAUCAUGCCAACAACAACCUCAACAACAACAACAACAAUCUAAAUGAGCCCGCGCUAAAAUUUAGCAUCGACAAUAUUUUGAAAGCUGACUUUGGCAGGCGUCUAGCGGAGGGCGCAGCCUGCAUGGCGGCGUGUAACAGCAGCUCGCGCGCAACGAAAACCUACGGUGGCGGUAAUAGCACCAGCGCUUUGCUACGUGCGCGGAAAGCGGCUGCAGCAUCGUCUGUGAAUGCAGUUGCGGCAGCGUCUUCGGCUAGUGCUGGCGCUAAUGCCACCAACUCCGCGAUCGCCAUUGACCUAACGCAUUUGAGCGCUUCAUCGACUGCAACCACCACAACGUCUUCGACGGCUACGCUGAACUUUUCGCAUACACUCGCGAAUAUCUGCACAAACAGCAGCGAUUCUAAUAGCACCGCGGUGAGCAGCAGCUAUGGCGGUGCCGCCUCUGAGCAUGCAAAGUCACCUGGCGCUGCUGGAGCGGCGAAUGGUGAUUUUUCAGCGGCAGCGGCGAAAUGCGCAGCUACGUCGACGGAAGAGUCGAAUGGCGGCGGUAGCAGCGGCGGCGCUGUAAAGUCCAGUGGCACAGGUGCGAGCGGCAGCGGGCCGAUUGUGUGGCCAGCGUGGGUGUACUGCACGCGCUACAGCGAUCGACCCAGUUCAGGACGAAGUCCACGCGCCCGUAAGCCCAAGAAGCUAGCCGGUGAGAAGGGCAGCAGCAGCAGCAACGGCGGUGGCGCAUCGAAUGGCAGUGGAAGCGGUGGAAGUGGCGCCGCCACCGCAGAGGAUAAACGACCGCGGACGGCGUUCAGUGGUUCGCAAUUGGCGCGCUUGAAGCACGAGUUCACCGAGAAUCGCUACCUGACCGAAAAACGACGCCAACAGCUCAGUUCCGAAUUGGGUCUAAAUGAAGCGCAAAUAAAAAUUUGGUUUCAAAAUAAGCGUGCCAAACUGAAAAAGUCGAGUGGACACAAAAAUCCUUUGGCAUUACAACUAAUGGCACAGGGGCUGUAUAAUCACUCGACGAUACCGUUGACGCGCGAGGAGGAAGAGUUACAAGAACUACAGGAGCGUGAAAAUGCAGCGGCAGAGGCGAGAAAUGGUGGUGCAACAACAACGACUACUGUGUCCACGUAGGUGCAGAGCACAAAGUGAUGGUAAAUAAAACGUCUUCAAGUGAAGAAAACAUAACUAUAUGCAACGAAAAACUGUAACUAACUUAAUUUAUAGAAAAUAUGUAUUAACGAAAUGUAUACGCGUGUAAAUUAUGAUGUACAAAAUAUUUAAUACCUAGAAUUUUCGGAUAUUAGGUUGACAUGAAGAGUGGUAGAGUAAAGAACGCUGUGUGGGUAGAAGUCAGCUUUGGUUGGAAUUCCAUUUUUCUUUCGGCAAUAAAAUCGGGAGAGUAAAACUCAACACGCACCACGGCUUUGGCACGUCCGACAGGCGGGUUUCCCACUAGCCAUAUUGAUUGUAUAUAUGUAUACAAAUGUAGUAGUAUCUUAAGCAGAAAUCACCAGAUAAAAAAAGGUCGUGAUGUGGGUGUCAAACUCUUCAUAUGCCCUAUUGAUUGGGGUUGGGCCUAUAAAUCUAUCGUCGUGGUAGAUGAGUCCCAUCGUUCCUGUUAUUCGAUAGGGAUGCGCCUUCUUGUAAGCAUUCUUUAGCUAGACGUAGCGCUGCUGGCCGGAACGGUAAAGGUAGUUUCUUUGCUGGUUAAGUCAUGAAGGAGUUCGAUAAGCAGAACUGAUCCUGAGAGAUCAAGGUUUGUAUGUCGACUUCGACUAAAUGACUACGUGAAAGACAUCUCUCUAAAUCUCUGAAUUGUCGAGAAUGCAAGCCGAAUUAAUAAAAAGAGCGUGCAGACUAUUUUAUAUCAAUUUCCCAGGGAAGACGAUCAGCCGCAGUUGGUUAACAGAUGUUUGAUCGUGGAGCCCAUUCGACCGCGAAGCCAAAGGUACCUUCCCGACCUUGACUUCAAUUGUCUAUGGUCGCGUCAUCCUUAAGCUUUAGCUUAAAAUCUUCAGCCACUGAGCGCGAGCUUAAAGAAUCUCCUUUUAUGCGGAACUUGCGCUCCUUUAUGUGGCAGAUGUAGCAAAUGUCCUAAGGUCAUAUGAUCUUCUUACACCGUUUCGUCCUUAUCUUAGACAUUCAACAAUACAUCAACUAGCCGGGUAGAGGCGAAUUCCCCAUUAAAGAAUAUAUACAUAUGUUAUUGGUUAUGGUGGCUGUAAUCAAAUAGAUCCUGGAGGAUGACACACGUAAGCUUAAUGGCACAUUGUGAUACAGUUUUGGAUCGUAGUUUAUUCCGUUCAUAUACCGAGAAGUAGAACCAAUUACAAACGUUUAUGAAGCAUUCUAAAUCGCAGACUUUCGUUAUCUCAGUUUAGCUAAAGCUGACAGAGGAUGUACUGCAUGCCUUCGAUUU